GGGCCCGAAGGCGAAGCGUUUGUGGCUAUUUUUUUUAUUCAUGUUCGUUUUCCGUCUAAACUAAAAAUACAUUAGUAACUAACAGAACGGCUAGUCCCUGCCGAGAAAGCGCCGGCUAAUUAAUCAGAAAAGGCCGGAAAGUCCCCGUUUGUGCGUGUGUCCGUCGACAAAGUGCCCGACAUACAGAAAUCUCACGAAUAUUUCAAUAAAUUCGGUUAAAAAUUCGCCAAAAUAAAAUUUCAUUGUCUGACGCCGCCGUCAUCCGUGAAGAGCGCGCGUGAUGCACAUAUGAAAAAGUUAAUUCAAGUAUCAUAAGAAAAGAGAGUGAAGAAAAGUUCCUUAGCAGCAGGCAAAAGAAGAAACCAAAGGAGACGGAAGACAAGAAAGAGCGCGACUUACGCAGCAAAUAACGGGGCUUCCACACAAAAAGUUCCUUGUUUCGAGAUCAAUAUAAUCAAUAGGAAACAGCAGAUCACAGAUCUAUAUAAAAUGAUUUCGCACAGUCCGCCCAUAUUCAGUCACAGUCCACCCGUCAGUUUUCUGGCGGACUACAUGAGCGGACAUCAGCGGCCGGCAUUGAACUUCAAUGACGAACCCAAUAGAGCAUCGCGCUACUGCCGUCCCCAAGUGAUAACUCUGGCCUCCAAAGCCAUGGUCAACAAUGCCUCGGCGGCCAUGCAGUGCCAGCCGGGUCAACUGAAGGCAGGUGCCACGCCCCUGGGAGUGGGCAGUCGAUCGGGUCGCAGUUAUCUGGAGCGCAUGGCCUCGGCCCCACACCUCAUGAACCAACCAAAGUCAUGCCUCAGUCGCAAGUCCUGUCUGCACAAAACCCCACAAAGUCCCAGCCCCAUAGAUGAACCGGUACCAGCCAACAGCGAUGUCACGGACAACUGCAGUUGCACCAAUGGUACUGCAGCCCACGGAGUAGCCCACUGCGAACAGAGUCGUGGCCCCAAAAAGCAUGUGAUCUUUGCCGAUGAUGAGGGUCUAUCGCUAACCGAGGUUCGCGUAAUGUCCGAACCCUCGAACGUGCCGCCCUAUUGGAGCAUGAAGUUCUUGGAGCAGAUAACACAGGGUCUGGUCAGUCCACAUCCGCCAGAUCAAUGGACGGUGGACUUCAAGCAGCCAGCCUCGGAUUAUCUAUCGUUUAGACAAAAGAUAGAGCGGGAUUUUGUGUCCCUAGAGAAUGUGAUUGUCAAGGAUGAGGAGUCUAUAGUGGUGGGCACCAUCAAGGUGAAGAACGUUGACUUCCAGAAGGAGAUCAUUGUGCGUGUCACCUGGGACGAUUGGAAGAGUCAGCAGGAUAUAUUCUGUACUUUUGCCAGGGCUUAUGGACCGUCCACCUGUGCCCACGUCGUAUUCGAUACAUUCUCGUUCAAGAUCACGCUGCCGCCAUCCUCCAAGCGCUUGGAGUUCUGCAUCUGUUAUCGCACCAACGAUACAGAAUACUGGGACAAUAAUGAUGGUGCAAACUACACGAUCAGCAAGCGUUCACCCUUCUACUACAAUGCCCUCUCUCCCUAUGAUAAGGGUCAGAAUCGCAACUCCAGUCAGCAAAUGAGGUCCACCCUGACCGAUGCCCUGGCCAAGGUGCAGGACCAAAACGGCUGGAAUCAAGAGCCGCUUACACCAUAUUGGUGAAGUCUUGGGAGAGGAAGUGGAUAUUCCUUUUCCACAAGAAAAGUUUCUCAUUUAGGCCACAUGAACAGAAAGUGACAGGAAAACAACAGGAAAUAAUUAGGGACAGAGAGAGAGUCUAAGAGAUUUGAACACUAACGAAACUUUUGACUUAAUCAUAUCUUGGUACAAAUCCCAAAUUAAAGUGCCAUUGACUAGAGAUUUUCUCUACACUAGAUGAGAGACGAGACGAGGGCCCAUAACUACUUUAACUAAGCCAACCCCCGAAUUUUGUAUGUUUGUCCCAUGGAAUUUCAAGAUCAUAUCUUUUAGACAUACUAUUUUUUUAUUUUUUUUUAAUUGUUUGUAUGUUUAUUGGAAAGAAUUUUCUAAAAAAAAACUUGAUUUGUGUACAUGUCUACCUAUUUGCCUGUGUGAUUGUCUACAUCGAUAUAACUGAUAUUAGAUUUAAAGAAACCAAACGAAAAAUAAACUAUAAUAAUGAAAGGAAGUGAAGCUCAUGGCGUGACUUAUCCUAGCGAACCAUUGUUUCGAAAUUUUCUUCAACUGCAAAAUAAAUAAAGAAAAAAUAGCAAACAAAAAAAAACAAAAAUAGGCGCAUUAAAUAUAAUGCAGAAAAAACCACAAAAAUAAAACAUUUUAGUUCAUAAGUUUAUUCGAUGU